GUUCAGAUUAUGUAAAUGAAGUUAUAAAACGUAAAAUUGGUUAUGGACUUGAUAAAAUAAAGGAUUCAUGUAACGCAGAGGAAAUUAGAAAACGUGAAACUGGAUAUUGGCAUGAUAAAAUAAAAGUUUCAGAUAACGUAGACGAAAUUAUAAGACAACAUAAAUAUUGGCUUGAUAAACUAAAUGAUUCAGAGGACGCAGAUGAAAUUAGAAAACAAAUCAAUGAUCAAUCUGAUAAAAUAAAAGACCCAGAUGACAAAAACAAAAUUAUAAAAUGUAAAGGUGAUUAUUGGUUUGGUGAAAUAAAACCUACAGACAACGUAGACGAAUUAAUAAACCAAUUUAAAUAUUGGCUUGAUAAAAUAAAUGAUCCAGAGAAUGUAAAAAGCAAAUUAAUGAUCAUUUCAGAUAACAUAAAUGAAAUUAUAAAGCAACUUAAAUAUUGGUUCGAUAAAAUAAAUGAUUCAAGGAAUGUUGACGAAAUUAAAAAACAAAUUAAUGAUCGGCUUGAUAAAAUAGAAGUUUCAGAAAAAAUAGACGAGAUUAUAAAACAUCUUAAAUAUUGGCUUGAUAAAAUAAAUGAUUUAGAGGACGCAGACGAAAUUAAAAAACAAAUUAGUGAUCAGAUUGAUAAAAUAAAAGGUUCAGAUUACGUAAACGAAAUUAUAAAGCUUAAAAUUAAAUGUUGGUCUGAUGAAGCAAAAGUUUCAGAUUACGUAACCGAAAUUAAAAAGAAUGAAAUUAGUUGUUGGCUUGAUAAAAUAAAAGAUUCAGAUGAUGUAGACGAAAUUAAAAGACAAAUUAAAUCUUGGCUCAAUAAAAUAAAUGAUUCAGAUGACGUAAACGAAAUUAAAAAACAAAUUAAUUACUGGAUUGAUAAAAUAAAAAGUCCAUACGACAUAGACAAAAUUGAAGAACAAAUUAACUAUUGGUCUAGUUCAUAUAGCAUGGAUGAAAUUAAACGAAUUAAAUUUUGGCUUAAUGAAAUAAAAGGUUUAGAUGAUUUAGACGAAAUUCAAAAACAAAUCAAUUAUUUGCUCGAUAAAAUAAAAGAUCCAGAUGACAUAGACGAAAUUCAAAAACAAAUUAAUUAUUGUCUUAAUAAAAUAAAAGAUCCAGAUGACAUAAUCGAAAUUAAAAAACAAAAUAAUGUUUGGCGUGAUAAAAUAAGAGGGUUGGAUGACUUAGAAGAAGUUACGACUCAAUUUUUGGAAUCUGAUAAAAUAAUUUGUGAUAAUUUGUCAAAACAUACAGACCACAUAUAUACAAGUAAGAUCAUUAAUACGCAACAAAUUAAAUCAAAAUUUUUAGGAAGUAAACUUCUUGAAAUAGAAAUUCCUCAAGACCCUCAAGAUAGUAAACAGAUUAGUUUGGAGGUAGAAAGAGAAAUUUUGUAA